CCAAGAAACGGAGGCUAGGGAAGAUUCAGUUGCAAUUCUCUAGGGCAAAGCAGGACCUUCUUGUACCCUCCACCUUCUUCCCUCAUGGCUUCUCAAUCACAGUGUCCACCUUUUGAAUUCUCUGCAAAUUAUUAUCAUGUUUCUGAAAACGGAGGGGACUGUGUGAGGCAGAGCAGUUUCUUUGAAGGCAAACCUGUGCUUAAUCAGGGAGUUGGAUACUCUGUCAUUCUUGGUUUUGGUGCUUUCUUCGCUAUCUUCACCUCUUUCUUGGUAUGGCUAGAGAAGCGAUAUGUUGGGUCCCGCCAUACUUCUGAAUGGUUCAAUACUGCAGGAAGAAGUGUUAAAACUGGACUGAUUGCUAGUGUAAUUGUGUCUCAGUGGACAUGGGCCGCGACAAUCCUGCAAAGUUCAAACGUUGCUUGGGAGUAUGGAAUUAGUGGACCUUUCUGGUAUGCUAGUGGAGCUACAAUCCAGGUGCUGUUGUUUGGAAUCAUGGCCAUAGAGAUUAAGAGAAAAGCUCCUCAUGCUCAUACUGUUUGUGAAAUUGUCAAAGCUCGAUGGGGAACAGCUGCACACAUUGUAUUCCUCAUUUUUUGCUUCUUGACAAACAUAAUUGUAACAGCCAUGUUACUUCUCGGCGGCUCUGCUGUUGUAAAUGCUUUGACUGGUGUUAACAUUUAUGCUGCUAGCUUCCUAAUACCACUUGGAGUAAUUGUCUAUACUCUAGCUGGAGGCCUCAAAGCCACGUUCUUGGCAAGCUAUAUACAUUCUGUCAUAGUUCAUAUUGUUUUGGUCAUAUUUGUGUACCUUGUCUAUACGGCAAGCAAUGACCUUGGCAGCCCCAGUGUCAUCUACAACCGUUUGCUAGAGGUUGCAAGCAGAUCAAGAACAUGUCAGGAGCCCAUGUCACACCAUGGCCAAUCAUGUGGUCCUGUUCAAGGGAAUUACAAAGGAUCUUAUUUGACAAUGCUGAGUUCAGGUGGUUUGGUUUUUGGGAUUAUAAAUAUUGUUGGCAACUUUGGCACUGUCUUUGUGGAUAAUGGAUAUUGGGUGAGUGCCAUUGCUGCAAGACCUUCAUCAACUCACAAGGGCUAUUUGUUGGGAGGGUUGGUCUGGUUUGCUGUGCCAUUUUCUUUGGCCACUUCAUUGGGUCUGGGAGCCCUAGCCCUUGAUUUGCCGAUAACAAGCGAGGCUGGUCAUGGACUAGUUCCCCCUGCUACUGCAGUGGCUUUAAUGGGAAAAGGAGGAUCUAUUCUUCUUCUUACAAUGCUUUUUAUGGCAGUGACUUCAGCUGGCUCAUCAGAACUAAUUGCAGUGUCCUCUCUAUGCACAUAUGAUAUCUACUGUGCUUACAUAAAUCCCAAUGCAAGUGGAAAGAAAAUCUUAAAAGUGUCAAGAGGGGUAGUCCUGGGUUUUGGGUGUUUCAUGGGAUUGUUAGCAGUUAUACUAAACAAAGCUGGUGUUUCUCUGGGUUGGAUGUACCUUGCCAUGGGAGUUCUGAUUGGUUCAGCAGUCCUUCCCAUUGCUUUUAUGCUUCUAUGGAGAAGAGCAAAUGCAAUUGGGGCCAUCCUUGGAACAGUUGUUGGUUGUGUCCUAGGAAUCAUCACAUGGUUGUCUGUUACAAAGAUUGAGUAUGGCUCAGUAAACCUCGAUACAACCGGUAGAAAUGCGCCUAUGCUAGCUGGAAACCUAGUCUCAAUCCUAACUGGAGGAGCAAUUCAUGCAAUCAGCAGCAUGUUAUGGCCUCAGAACUAUGACUGGACUACCACUAGACAAAUUACAAUUGUUGAGAAGGAAAAAACUGAUCUUCCAGCAGAAGAGUUCAGAGAAGAGAAGCUGUUAAUGGCCAAAGCAUGGAUAGUGAGGUGGGGCAUAGGCUUCACUGUUUUGAUAGCUAUAAUAUGGCCUAUCCUCUCCCUCCCAGCAGGGCAGUUUAGUGAGGGGUACUUCUAUUUCUGGGCUGUGAUUUCUAUAGGUUGGGGAACCAUUGGUUCUGCAGUGAUAAUAGCUUUGCCACUGAUAGAGAGUUGGGAAACCAUCCACACUGUGAUUCUGGGAAUGUUUACAAAUGACAGAAUCAUGGAGAAAAUGGAGGAGUUGAAUUUGAAGCUGCAGACAAUCAUACAGGCAAUCCCAGAAGCAGAGAGACUUUACUUGCUUGAGAAGGAGAAAGCCAAGAAAGCAGAGGCCUCAGCGCAACAAGCUUGUUCUCUUCCUGCUUGAAAUUCUCUGGGACAAAUAGAACCUCUGAAAGAUGUAGCUGCAAGAAUAAUGGAAAUGUAAGACAAAAUCAUGAAGUACAUUGGAACUAGACGUUGCAAAGUGAACAAGCUUUAAUUGAUUGCUUGCCUCAUACUAUUUGGUCCUUGCUUGCCCAAUGCUACAAACGUUCAAAGUAUAUGAUAUCUAUCUUCACUUCUAUUAAAUUUUUAAUAUCAA